AUGCAGCGCUCCUGUGACGAGUGCCAUCGGGUCGUGGCCGACGGCGCCGACGACGAGUGGCGCUGCUCCGCCUGCAGAGGGACCUUCCACGCGCCCUGCGUGCGCAACAAGCGCCGAACCAAGACCUCAUGGACCUGCUCGGGCUGCUCGGGACGGCUCAAGCCCGAACGCGGCCUCCUCCUGGCCGAAACAGUCAAGAAGAUCAUUGAAGACGGCGACAAUAACGACGAAGAAGCGGACGAGCUCUGGGACCGCAUGCAAGGAGCGCCAGUACAAGACGACGCGUCUUCGCCCAGCGAUACAGACGAGAUGGCAGCUGAAAGUGUGGCAACGAAAGCCACAUCGCCGUCUCUGCUCUCGACGGGGAGUCUCGGUGCAAGCCCGCUCGAGCAGUCCGAGUCUGACGACUUGCCCAUGAGUACAGAUGGCGUGUGUUCCUCUUGCGGCUUGACAACGAUCCCCGAGAUGCACAUUAUGAAGUGCUGCGCGUGCCUCGUGUCGACGGCACAUACGCUAUGCCUGCCGAGCGUGAGCAAGGGCCGAUGGCAGUGCCCAUCCUGCUUUGAGAACGAGCGCGACAAAGCCCCUCGCCGGGGUAGUCGUCAACGCGGUGGGCGCGCGGACCACAUUAUCAUUCCUCUUGACGAACCCCUCGACGACGCGAUGGUUGUGCUCUGCGACAGCUGCUCAGGCGAGUUCUCGAUGGCGCAUCUCGACAUGCGAGUUGUACCGUCUGGACAAUGGUUCUGCGUGCACUGCGACGUCACCCACCACACCAGCGCGAUAGAAAGUGAUGAGAUGGACGACAACGCAGCGAAGUCUCGGCCACGCAAGGCGCCAAAGCCAGCAUUGAAGCCGGACGAGAUCAUCGAUCUUGCGCUAGACGACGACAGCGACAGUACUACGAAAGCGGCCAAGACGUCGCGGAAGCGCAAGCGCGAUGCGUCUCCAUCGAGCGGUGACGGACUAAAAAGGGACAACAGCCGCACCGCGCCGCCGCAACCGACCACCUCCAAGUCUGGAAAGCGCUUCCCGAAAGAGAGCAAGGCGUCGCCCAAGCCCAAAAAACCCCGCAAGGGCAGUGGCAGCCGAGGAAGCACGCCCAGAGCAUCGCCUCACGUCAGUGAUGAUGAGCCCGACGAUGAAGAUGAGGAGGGAGCCGCAGAUGCGUCGCUGGACAGCGUGUCGCGGCAGCCGCUCCGCAUCGUGAUCCCAGAGCCGCUCACGGAGCGGAUGAAACGCAUCGAUGACGCCAAGCAACUCAAGACGCUUCACCAGUACGUCGGGCGGCGCGUCUUGAUUCGCCAUCAGGAUGACGCACCGUGGUCCAUUGGUGACGUCAUGGCGCUGGACCUGCACCGAUUGCUCUUUCGCGUCAAUUUUUGUGACGCGACGACGCAGUGGCUGCCGUUGCACUCCCUUCCAGUGGCUGUCGGCACCAACACCAACGUCUUUCUGCACCUCGAGCGCCAAUGGUGGCCUGCACAGAAGAUGGUGCUCAACGACCCAGCAAAGCUUCUCUUUGGCGCAGCGAAGGAGGAAGCAGACGCGCUUGUGCUCUUGUACACAUCGGCGGGCGACGACGAAACGCGUGUGGUGUGGUGUCCGCUCUCGUCCUUGCGCUCCUUCGACAAGUGGCUCGCCACCGACGCCGCCGACGCAUAUAGAGAAGACGUCGCGUGGCAAAGCGCGGUCAACACAGCGCACGGAGCCAAUGACCGCUUCGUAGCAAUCGUCCAGGACGCUCGCGAUGGGCUCGCGCGUGAGAUCCAAAAACACUUUGUCGGCGCGGACUGGGUCGGCAAGCGCGUUGGCAUCGUUGAUUACGCGACACAGACGACGCUUGUGGGACGCAUCACGCGUAUGGACAAGGUGCCGGGCAAUGGCGACAACUACUGGUUCGAGACCGAAGAAGGUUCCAGCGUCGUCGUGUCGCCUCCGACGCCUGCAACCACCGAGGGCGUUCGCUCGACGGCGUGGACGUGGCAGUGCCACCUCUCGUACACCGACCUCUCGAUGCAAUGGUACCUUGACGCCGACGCCGUCCUCCAACUCCAGACCAGCGGGAGCGAUGACCCGGGUCUCGACGUCAACGUGCCACCCACAAACGAGGAUGCGCCGACUUGUGCGACGUGCCUCUUCCCUCUGCAAUCGGCGUCCGUCAUCGCGUGCAGCGCCUGCGCCAUCACCACGCACAAAGCGUGUAUCUCGCCACCCUACGAGCGAUUUCCGGUCCUCGACAAGGACGGGACAGAGCUCGUUGGAGACCUUGAAAUCCCGUACGUCUGUGCCAGCUGCCGGUCGUGCGACGGCUGUGGCGCCUCCGACGUUGACGCGUGGCAGCUCUUCGAGACCAAGCUUGCGCGUCUCUACCUCUGCGCCAAGUGCAGUAUCGAGUAUGCGGCACAGCAGUACUGUCCCGUGUGUCACAAACUGCACGGCCGCGACGGCUUCUGUGCCGACGUGCUUCAGUGCACAUCGUGCGAGCUGUGGGCGCACAGCGCUUGCGAGCCGGACCAAGAUCCCAUGUACCACGCAACCCCAGCCGAGAGUGAGAUCCUGGACUUCAGCGUGGGCGCGAUUGAACCAAGCGACGUGUGCCCCGACGACAUUGGGACCGACAAGCUGAAGCGCAAGUGGCUUGACGACCGGUUGGCGCGCGCACUGAGCUUCAAGCCGAAGUACGACCCGCGGACGAUGGCCAAGUACGAAUGUGCCAGCUGCCGUCAGCUGCGCCUCUACAAGCUUCUUCACGCGCUGCGCGCUGAGGACAAAUUUGGCAUCUUUAGCGAGCCCGUGACUGUCGAGAUCGCGCCGACGUACUUUGACAUCAUCAAGUCGCCGAUGGACCUCAGCACGAUGGCGCGGCAGCUAAAGGAGCGCGCGUAUGUUCACGGCCUCGGCGCAGACUUUCGGGACCACUUUGAGCUUCUGUGCUUGAACGCUGUGACAUUCAACUCGAAGGAACGAGACUACCUCGUGUGGCGAGAGGCGUGGCGCUUCUACAACGCCGGCGCCCGCCUCCUGCGGCAGCUGCUUCCGUCCGUGCUCCUCGUGCCGAACGGCAAGUUCUCGGAGAACAUCGCUGCUGCGGCCAAGCGUCAAUUGCCCAAUAAUUCGACGCUUAUAACGAAGGACGAAAGCGGCGUGCCCACGUCCACGGGUGGUGCCGGUCCAACGCUUGCUAACGCCAUGUUGGCCAAGACGAAAACAGACGAUGGUCUCGGUACGCCCACGGACUCUCCGCUGCAUGUGCCGUCGCCCUCGAUCGGGUCAGAAGAAGAAGUCGACGUUGCGGCGUCGGGGCCAACGACGGAUGUCGGUCGCCUGGACCUCUUCAAGCUUCCGACCGAGCUGGGCAUUGUGCCCAAGCCAUACUCGUGCGUGGCCAGCGUCGUCGCGACGCAGUCUUUGGCACAAGCGCACGCACUGGCAUGGUGCGAUGCAUGCGCCGUCUGCUGCAGUACGGGCGUGUCCGAGAAGUUUGUAUUUUGCAUCGACUGUGGCGAGGCGUACCACCAGUUUUGCCUCCACCCGCCGCUGGACGUGUCGAACAACCCUGCCAAGCAAACCAAGCUGCAGGCGUUCUGGCGCUGCCCCAACUGCAAGCUGUGUGAGCUCUGUGGCACCAACAAGGACGAAGCCAAGCUCUUAGUCUGCGAUGUUUGCGAGCGUGGGUGUCACACGUUCUGCCUCCGCCCAAAACUGCGUGACGUGCCGUCGACGGGCUUUGUGUGUGGCAACUGCGUCGAGUGCGAGACGUGCCACGAGAUCCAGGACAGCGCGUCGUGGAGCCCAAGCGUCUCAUGCUGCAUCGGCUGCAUGGACGACUCUGCCCGCGACUCACUGCUCGGUGCGCCGCGCAAGCCCCGGUCGCGCGGCGGCAGCGAUAACAACACGUGUCCAGGCUGCCAAAAACGCUGGUCCGAGUCCGAGACGCUCAUACAGUGCGAUGGCUGCCAGUCCUGGGGGCAUCCUGCUUGCGACAACAUUACGGAAGAGACGCUUGCGUCGCUCACGGACGAGAGCGAGUAUUACUGUCCUCAUUGCCGCAAGAAGCAGCGAAAACACCUCAGGGCCUUCCGGCAAGCGUGGGGCCUCCAGCUCAACAUUGCGCUCAUCCAAGAAAAGCGGCAGGAAAUCACGCUCGCAUGGGAGUCGCAGCAGUCGCUGCGCCAGACGCUGCGGCAGUACGACCAUUGGCGCAACUACGCGCCGCUGUACCUCUACAUCUUGCGCUGCGGUGAAGAUUGCCUGAAAGCGCUCUCGGGGCGUCGCAUCUCGUUCCUUGUCGAGCCACCGUCGACGGGAUUUUCCGAGAGCAUGAUCCCGAUUGCACUGCGGCAAGCUGCUAGCCGCUACAUCCGCUUCAAGCGCUACUCUCGGGGUCCCCGUGCUGCCGCGCGUCGAGAGCUGCGCAAGAAGCAACAAUUCUUCACGGUGGACGGUGUCGCGUCAACGCCGUCGGCGAUCGCGCACAUUGUGUCGGAAGCAGUCGGGGCUGCGUCCUUCUUAGCCUGCUGCACGUGGCUCUAUGGAACGAAGCGCGUUAGCCUCUUCACAGCCGGACUCCUCGCGAGCCACGACAUUCCAGCUCGGCUCUCGGAUGCGCUCGUCGAUCGCAGCGCUGUUUCGAUUGAUGCCGAGGUCGCCGCCAUCACCAACGAGUAUGCACGCCGGAAGCAGCAAACCACCAAGCCGCAUGUCGACGAGGUACCACCACUACCUGACGCCCCAGUGUCGCCGAGCGUGAUUGAGAUUCUGGACGACGUCGACACGGGCAGUGACGCGUCUGCCGAGAUCGAAACGAAGACCGCCGUUGCAGAGAUUACGCCAAAGCCGAUGCGCGUGCCUGAGAUGCCCGUGCACACGGCACUGGCGAAAAUGACGUUUGCGCCGCCACUGCGCGACUGGGGCGACUGGUCGUCGACGCUCGGGGCUUUUACGGACCCGCGCGUGUGCGGCUUGUGCCGCGAGUCGGGGGACGACCCAGCGUUUGCGGGGCGACUCGUGUUUGCGGAUUUCGACCAGUGGGUGCACGUCAACUGCAUCUCGUGGUCGUCCGAGGUCUACGAAGACAGUUAUGGCGUGCUCAAGAUGUGCCAGAAAGCUCGAUUCCGCGGCCGCACGUACCGUUGCGCAGUGUGCUUGUUGAGCGGCGCGACAAUAGGCUGUCAUGGGCUCCGGUGUCAGCUUAAUUAUCAUCUGCACUGCGCGACGCCGCAUCUGACGUUCACGACGGAAAACCAAGCGUUCUGCGCCGACCACUGGCGCGUCCACGUUCAAAAGACACACAGCAAAAAGCGCAAGCGUGACGACGACGUCGCGGCGCGCAAGAAACUCAAGACGGCGACCACGGGCUGCGAAGCGACGGACGGGGAAUCCAUGCUGGCAUGUGAUGUGACGGCAUGCUUGAAUGACCUUGUCGAUCACGUUGUGGCGACGGCAACGCUCGAGACGCCGACGCCUGGCGUGGAGCCGCUUCGGUUUCUCAUGUGCGAGCAGGAAGCAACGAGUGGCAAAUCCAAGAAGCUCAGCAAAACGCAGCUGGCCAAGGGCGUCUGCUACCGCAUCGGCGCGCUCACCGUUCACGCGCUCGGUGCCAUCGAGGUGGGCAACGACGCGUGCCACACCGUCUCAACAUUGUACCCGAUCGGGUACCGGAGCACGCGCAUCUUUUGGAGUGCCGUGACGGUCCAGACGCGCUGUCUCUACGAGUGCGACAUCCUUCUGUCGCCGACCAAGACACCGCUCUUUCGCAUCACACCGUCCGACAACAAGGACAACCCAAUCUUUGGCGUCUCGCCCAACGACGCCAUGAACCAACUCCGAAGCCGUCUUUUGGCGCUCUACGAGACGCAGCGCGUCUUCAGCGUCGGCUGGAACCCGUUCCUUCGGCGGACGUCGUGGUUUUCGUACGGCCUGGUUGGCGACCAUUUUUUUGGCCUCACGGUGCCUGUCGUCGGCGCGGCCUUGGAGGCGUUGCCGAUGGCGCCGACCUGCGCCCUCUACGACCCGGUGGCCAACCCGCUUCCGUACGUGUUUUGCCACGUGCUGCCGUCCGAGGCCACGUUUGACGAGGCGCGAACGGACCUCAAGCGGCUGCGCUCGAUGCGCGAGCAUGCCAAGCAGUCGUCGGGCAGCAUCCGCACCGACGGGUACCUUGGAUGGCAGCAGUCCAAGGCGAUCAAGCCCUCGACCAAGAAGAAAAGCCGGACAGUUGGACUCUCAAAGCACGCAGACGAGCCGAUCGCUGCCAACAGCAACAACGCCAACAAGCCGAGCGUCGACUUGGAGCAGCUUCCGAUCGCUAUGCAGUACCGCGAGCUACGGAAGCGUCCGUUUGACGAGCGCCUCGAGGUGCGCAAGUCGCGCAUCCACGGCUACGGGCUCUUUGUCAAGGAAAAGAUCGCCGAAGGCAAGAUGAUUGUCGAAUACCAAGGGCAAGCGAUCCGGCAAAAGGUCGCCGACUGCCGCGAGAAAAGAUACGAGGAGAUGGGCAUUGGAAGCUGCUACAUGUUUCGGCUCGACGCUGACACGAUUGUCGACGCGACGCGCACGGGCAACCUCGCGCGCUUCAUCAACCACUCUUGCAACCCCAAGGCCAAUGCGCGCAUCAUCACGAUCGACGGAAACGAGAAGAAGAUCAUCAUCUUCGCCAAGCAGACGUUGCACGUCGGCGACGAGGUCACGUACGACUACAAGUUUCCGAUCGAGGACGAAGCGAUCAAGUGCGACUGCGGCGCCGUCAACUGCAUCGGCCGCAUGAACUAG